CCCACACUCUCUCUCUCUCUCUCUUCUCUAUCCAAGUAAUAAUUUUAUGGGACAUUUCUGAUCGUCGUCCUAGGCGAGAAGAAUCAGGUGCCGUGCGAUCUACCGUAAGAGGAAACAAUGGCGCAAGAUAAGUACAAUCGGAAGAAUCCCGCCGUGAAGAGGAUUUUGCAGGAGUUGAAAGAGAUGCAAUCGAAUCCGUCCGACGAUUUCAUGAGCCUUCCCCUUGAGGAGAAUAUAUUUGAAUGGCAGUUUGCAAUUAGGGGGCCAAGAGACACGGAGUUCGAGGGAGGGAUAUAUCACGGACGAAUUCAGUUGCCUGCUGAAUAUCCUUUUAAACCACCUUCAUUUAUGUUGUUGACGCCCAAUGGUCGAUUUGAAACCCAAGCCAAGAUAUGCCUGAGCAUUUCUAAUCAUCACCCUGAGCACUGGCAACCAUCUUGGAGUGUUCGCACUGCUUUGGUAGCAUUAAUUGCAUUUAUGCCUACUAGCCCAAACGGCGCCUUGGGAUCCUUAGAUUACUCAAAAGAAGAGAGGAGAGCUUUUGCAAUUAAAUCUCGUGAAGCGGCUCCGACUUUUGGGUCUCCUGAACGCCAAAAGCUGAUUGAUGAGAUUCAUGACUACAUGCUCAGCAAAGCACCGCCGGUGCCUCAGGGCAACGAAACUGCUGAAGUACAGACUGAUAAUAGAGAAUGUCAGCACAGUCCCCAAAAUGAUGCCGAGGGAACUACAGAAGCAAUCUCACAUCCCGCUGAAGAUGAUGGAAUCAUUGAAGAACCAAAUGAAACCCCUGCAAAUAUAAAUGUUGCUGAGACAUCACAAUCUGUUCCUACCGCGCCCACAAAUGGACAGCAACUGUUGCAUAAGCCAGAACCAAGGGUUCCAAAACCAGCGGAUGAUCGUUUGUUCACAUGGGCUGCUUUUGGGCUUUCUGUUGCUAUAGUUGUUCUUUUGUUGAAGAAGUUCUUGAAAGCUAGUGGAUACGGUGCUGUCUUUAUGAAUGAGUCGUAAAUGUCAUAUAGUAUUUGUUGAGCAUGCAUUAGUUGAUGCGGGAAGUGACAGAGUGGGCUACCCUUUUCUGUUGCCCGGCAAAUAGGAGAAAAACCUGCAACUAAGCAGUUGCAACGCCUCAGUUGGGAGAUAUAUAAACAUAUACAUAUAUAUAUAUAUAUGUAUACAUGCAUCUUGUAUGUACAUCCUUUUUCAAUUAUUGUAUAGAUUAAAUAACGAUUACGUCAUAAAGUUCUGAACCUUGUAAAGAAGCUGAACUAUAUUGCCAGAAGGUAAUUUCUCUAUAGUUAAAUCAAAUUUAUUGUCUGCA